CCUCAUCUUCAUACAUUUUUCCAGUUUUUCUCCCUGUUUCCAUCUUUUUUCAAAGAAAUGGGGUUUUUGAAUGUGGCCUGUAUUGUUUCUCUUUUCUCAGUAAUGUUAUUUGCAGCUGAAGCAAGAAUCCCAGGUGUUUAUACUGGCGGUGCAUGGCAGAGUGCUCAUGCUACCUUCUAUGGCGGUAGUGAUGCCUCUGGUACUAUGGGUGGGGCAUGUGGGUACGGUAACUUAUACAGUCAAGGGUACGGAGUGAACAAUGGAGCACUAAGCACAGCGUUAUUCAACAAUGGCUUAAGUUGUGGAGCAUGCUUUGAGAUUAAGUGUGACAAUUACCCACAAUGGUGCCAUCCAGGAAGUCCAUCCAUUUUCAUUACUGCAACUAAUUUCUGCCCACCAAAUUUUGCUCUGCCAAACGACAAUGGCGGCUGGUGUAACCCACCUCGUUCACAUUUCGACCUAGCCAUGCCUAUGUUUCUCCACAUUGCUGAGUAUCGUGCCGGAAUUGUCCCCGUUGUUUACCGUCGGGUGCCAUGCAGGAAGAAAGGUGGAAUAAGGUUCACAAUUAACGGUUUCCGUUACUUCAACUUAGUUUUGGUAACGAACGUCGCAGGUGCAGGGGAUAUCGUGAAUCUUAGCAUUAAAGGUGCAAAGACUGGUUGGAUAAGUAUGAGUCGUAACUGGGGUCAAAAUUGGCAAACAAACUCUGUUUUGACUGGUCAAGCACUUUCAUUUAGGGUCAGAGCCAGUGAUAGACGUAGCUCUACUUCAUGGAAUAUUGCUCCUGCACAUUGGCAAUUUGGUCAAACUUUCAUUGGGAAAAACUUCAGGGUUUAAGUGAAAGGGAAAAAAAUAGCUUAUAAUUUUAAAGACUUUUUUAUCUGCUGUUUGACUAUUGUGGUAAAAGGUUAUUUUGGGGGAUUGUGAAAGUUGUUAGAAAAAUGCUUUUUUGGACUUGGGAUUAUGGAAAAGUAAGUCUAUUGAUUACGGGGUUCUCUCUUUUUUUUUUUUUUUUUGGACCUUUUUUGGUUUGGAUGGGUUAAGUUGAAAGAGUUAAUGAGUUUUAUGGAGAAAUUAGGGAUUUCGGAAGGGAUGAAGUGUGGAUGAUAUAGAAGAGCUGAAGUGGCUGCAAAAACAUGUUAGCCCGCAGCCGCAGCUAGUAGUAGGACUAUAUAUAUAUUACUAUUAUUAACUGUAUUUCAGUAAUUUGUAGUUUAAUUGAAAAUAUGUAUGUUGUUUUUGGUA